GUGUGUCUGUGUGUGUGUGUCUGUGUGUAUGUAUGUGUGUGGAUGGGGAAGAGGGGAAGGGUUUGUGUGUGUGUGUGUGAAACUGACGCUAUCCUUACACGUGAGGGGCUGGCCAUGGGGAAACCACGUGGAUUUUUCUCCCAGGCAAAUAUUUCAGUCAUUUUUUAAGGUCGAUUUUAUUUGGAGGCGGCGCCAGCACGGGCGUCCUGUGACAUUUUCAGGCGGACUCCACGGGGUUUGGUUAGGGGGGAAGAAGGCAGCUCACCACAGCCCGCCAUACCGUUCCACAAGUCCCGAGUUCCGGCUAACACUUUUUUUCCGGUCUUUUUUUUAUUCCCCUUCCCCUCCCCUUCGAGAUUCCCUUGACCAUCUUUAUUAUUAUUAUCGGUGCUUUCUUUAGGCGGAGUGAUCAUUAUUGAAGGUGCCGCUUGUUAUCUUUUUUCUCCGCUUUUCUUUAAAAGCCUACAAAAAAAAAACAACACAAGCCAAAAUGAAUAAGCUAUACAUCGGGAAUUUGAGUGAAAGUGUGACCGUGCCAGAGUUAGAGAGUGUCUUCAAGGACUGGAAGAUUCCGUAUACUGGACAAUUCCUGCUCAAAACGGGCUAUGCAUUUGUAGACUGCCCGGACGAGAACUGGGCAAUUAAAGCCAUCGAUACCUUAUCCGGUAAAGUAGAACUUCAUGGAAAACACAUUGAAGUGGAACACUCAGUGCCCAAAAGACAAAGGUGGAUAUAGAAGAUUCCAGAAGGGGGAAGCUACUCUCGAUGUACUGGCCAAAAUCCACCCACAAGCCAGCCACUGUCUCAGAUUAUUCUCACCCCUAAGGAUUCGUCUCUUACUGAGAGAAAGUGAGAUGCUGAGGUUCUGACAUCCCACGUUUAAUAACAGCGAGCAUCACUAGUACUGUGUUGAGUCUUCUAAGAUCUAAGAAUAGAAAGCAAAACUAACUCGAUGCUAAGUGUCUAAGGAGUAUGCCAAUAAAAUUACAAGGUUGUUUUUUUUGGUGUUAUGGCAACACAAAAGCAGAGGCUGGAAAUCUUUGCUAAUACUAGAAAGUGUUAGAAAUAGUCAGCAGCUCUGGCAGCAUCCGAGCAGCGAGAAACAGAAUUAACAGUUUAGGUCAAUGGACC